ACAGUUUGUUACAUCCUGUCGAACAUACCAUACAUUCAGAUCAGUCCGUUCAGUCGAGAGAAAAUAUAAUUGAGGAAUGAAUAGCAUAUGGUAGUCAUUCCAUUUAAUUUUUCCUAUCUCAUAUUUUUAUCCCUGAUACACGUCAUUCGUCCAUUUUUUAUAUAUUUUUCUACUGAUAAUCACUUGCAAUUAUUUUUUAUUCGCUGUGAACUAAUUUCGCGAGAAGAAAAAUCCCCCAGGUGAAUUCCCGUGGAACAAAUGGACGAAGUAGCGAGUACCCUUCGAGCCUGCUUGAUCACCUCCAAGGGAGGAGUUCGCCUGGAUCACGUGAAUCGUGAUUACUAUUCCCUGGAAGGUGAGAAUAUUCCAUAUCGUCGCCUGGGCUUCCAGACGUUGGAGUCCUUCAUCUCGAAAGUGCCUCGUUUGCGCCAGUACCAGCGUGGAGGUAUCACUUUCGUGGAGGUAAUUCCAGAUUCCAACACAGCGCACCUCGCCGAGUUGAUUAAAAAACAGAGAACCUCAAGAAAAAAACGGAAACCCUUGAGAGUUCCGACAUCCUGGAGGAGGCCAGUACUCCCAAAUGUCCCCCGAGACACCACAAGAUCAACAAGAUGCCCCCCAACACCCCAGUCCUUGCCGAAGAAGCCGCAAGGGUCCCAAGCCUGUCCCAAAUCUCGAUCAAAUGCCCAGAAAUCGUCAAAUGGAGCAGUUGAUCCUCGCAAUCUCUCCCGUCAAACAAGCCUCCCCCAGCUAGUGUCAGCCCCCAGGAAUUCUCGAGCCCCUCCACCCCUGAAACUCGCUCGACCCCUGAGCGAACGCCUGAGAAGAUCUCCUGAGAGGAAAGUCAUCAUUUCCUCGCAUUCAAAACCCCUAACACCACCCCAUGAAAGCGAUCCCAGGGACGAGCUGCGUCUUCUGAUGAAACGUCUCAACCUCUCAGCGCCUGAAUACAAAAAUUUCGAGACGAAAUCAAAAGGUGGAAAAAUCAGUUUCUUCAGUGGAGUUCAGGUGGGUGGAAAUCACAAAUACAACAGUUUCCCCCUGGAGGCAUCAAGUACAGAUGAGGCUGAGAAAUUAUCAGCAACUGCUGCUCUUAAUGCUCUCAAUAAACUUUAUGGACCACCUGCCAAGAUGAGGGAGACGACAGACAGGGAUGUAAUACUCCAGAGGAUUGUGGAUAUUGUGGAUGUCCAUCCCAGUGGUGUCUUCAUGGAGAAACUCCCUCUUUUCUAUAAAGAAAAACACGAGGAGUUACUGCCGAGUGAUUGGAUGGAUGUGGUGGAGGGGUCGGGGGAGUUAUCUCUGGAGAAGGUAGUGGAAAAUGCUAUCAUCAUCUGCAGGAGCAAAGAAGAGAACCCAGUGAACUCUGUUUCAACCUCAAAUCAGGGACUUGCAUCCCUCAUCCUUCCUGAGGAUAAUCUCUGGCCUGUGUACGUCUCCCAUGUAGAGAGCACCAAUGAUAUUUGGAUUCGAUUGCUCGAGGAUAAAAAUAACGAGGAGUUCUUCAAGAUGUGUCAGGAAUUAUCGUCACGUAUGAUCAAUUCAAGUCCCUGUCAGGUAGAGAUUCACGGGUGUUAUGUGACUAAAGUGGAGGACGAGUGGCAGAGGGUCAGGGUUAAAGCCCUGGAAGACUCUGAGGCCAAGUGCUUUUUCCUGGACACUGGAGAAGAGGAUGUGCUCGACGUCUCGGAAUUACUUUCUCUUCCUACGGAAUUCUUCAAGGUUCCAGCCCAGGCCAUCAGAGUCUCUCUCUUCAGAUCAAAUGAGGAGAUCACUGUCUGUGACACGACCGCUGGAAUCGCCAGAGAACUCCUGGUGGACAAGACGUUUUAUUUGCAGGCACUCAGUCGAGAGGAGGAUAAUGUCAGUCAUGUUAUCACUGGGAUUUUCUAUGACACGAGUUCUGAAACCGACGACGACAUGAAUGAGAGGAUCACUAAAGAAAUACUCAGGGUCAUGGAGCUGUCACAGCUGGAGGUGCAACUGGCAAGUAGAGGUAGAGUCCUCGAUGUUUUUAUCUCCCACAUCGAGUACAAUGGUGAUGUCUAUCUCCAAAUCAGGAAUGAUGGACUGGAUAUUCUCUGUGGAAUGAUGAAUUCCUUAACAGAGAGUCUCAAGGAUGAGGAGAGGGUCAGAAAGGCGAGGCACUCCGGUGCUGUGGACUCGGACGAAAUUUAUCUGGCCCAAAAGAGUGAUGGCAGCUGGGUGAGGGUUCAGGUGGCAUUCCCUGGUAUCAAAAACUCCAGAAUGAGACUCGUCGAUUUUGGAGAAUUGAUGGACGUCGAGAGGUCCAAGCUUCUCAAACUCUGGGAUCUCUCGGAGGCUGUAGCCAGGUUCCCAGUUCAGGCUGUCCAGGUUGAACUGAAUAAUGUAAAGAGAGCAAUAUUCACUGAGGAAAUGGCUGUCAGACUGAGAAAAUUAGCACUCCCUGGGGAGCAUCUAGUGUGCAAAGUCGUUCAGAUGAAGGAGAACACGAGACCCGCUGUUGUCGAAUUAUUCAAACGAGUUGAGCCUGACAAUUUACUUGUUUCAAUCAAUCACACACUUGUCCUCGAGCCUGAACUCACUAAGACUGGAGAUGGAAAUAACAACGUGAAAACGAGAAAACGGAUUGAGAGGACUGUUUUCAAGGCAAGUGUGGGGGAGACCUCAAUGAAAAUUUUGAAGCUGCCGACAAUUCCGGAGAUUGAGAGUUGCUUUGAUGUUCAUGUGACUCAAUCUGCUGCAAACCCUGACAAUUUUGUUGUUCAACCCCUUGAGGAUAAAGAGAAGCUCGAGGCCAUGAUGAAGAGCAUGCAGAUUGCUUAUUCUGGGGUAAGGGAGAAACUUAGAAUGGAGGAGAUUAAAGAGGGCAAGGUUUAUGCUGUCAAGCUCCAGGAUGGAAUAUGGUACAGGGCCACAGUUAAUAAAAUCCUGGGGGAGCAAGUCGCUGUUUAUUUAUCUGAUUUUGGAAAUAUCAAUGUCAUUGGACUUGGACAGCUACAGCUACUGAAGAAGGAGUUCAUGGAAUUACCCUGUCAGGCUAUCAAGGCUGGACUUAAUGGGAUCCAGCCAGCGAAUGGAGACUGGUCCCUCGCUGCGUGUAUCAGAUUUAAGGAGCUGGUCGUCAAUAAAGAUUUUGUCUCAAUUGUGAAGAGAAUUGAUCAGGACGAAACAGCCCCUGGAUUCUCCCUGGGACUCGAUCUGAUCGACGUAUCGAUUCAAGAUGUCGAUGUCCUCAUUCACGAAAUCUUGUUAAAGGAAAAAUGGGCAACUACUAAGUGAUUUUCCAACAUCGAUAUUUUUAUUUUUUUUUCUCCAGUUAUUUACCAAUUAUUCCAAUUAUUCUGAAAUAGGGUCUGGUACCUUUCAAAUUAUUUUCAAUUUUUCCUUUUAUUCAUUAGAGGCCAUAACAUUCUUCGGGGAUAAACUGCCAUCACAAUCCGAUUCUUUGAAUCAAAUUCCAUCGACUUUUUGAAAAGUUUUGCAAUUCCUUUGAGCGUGGGAAUAAAGAUGUUUAUUUUUUUAUUAAUAAUUAUUAAU